GGCCCGCCAGUUCCGACUCGUUCAUUUUUUGGCCACCAGAACUAACAGUCUUGGUGUUCAGUGUCGCUAUUGUCAACAGUGACAAGUGCAAACCCAAGAAAUGUCGCCAGGAAUGUAAGAAGUCUUGCCCCGUCGUUCGUACGGGCAAGCUCUGUAUCGAGGUCACUCCCGAGUCCAAGAUCGCCUUCAUCUCCGAGCGCCUCUGUAUCGGUUGUGGUAUCUGUCCCAAGAAAUGUCCCUUCGGUGCCAUCCACAUCAUCAACCUGCCGACCAACCUGGAAACCCAGGUCACCCACCGUUACUCUGCCAACAGUUUCAAGCUUCACCGUCUUCCUAUGCCCCGUCCUGGACAGGUUCUUGGUCUUGUCGGUACCAACGGUAUUGGAAAGAGUACGGCCCUGAAGAUCCUCAGUGGCAAGCUUAAGCCCAACCUUGGACGUUACGACAACCCUCCCGACUGGGAAGAGAUUCUGAAGUACUUCCGUGGUUCCGAGCUGCAGAACUACUUCACCAAGGUUCUGGAGGACGAUCUCAAGGCUGUUGUGAAGCCUCAGUAUGUCGACCAGAUUCCCAGGGCCGUCAAGGGCCCUGUCAAGAAUGUCGGAUCUCUCAUCAAGGCCCGCACUCAGCUGGACAACCUCGAUCACAUCUUGGACACCCUCGAGUUGAGACAGGUCCAGGACCGUGAUAUUGACCACCUCUCUGGAGGAGAGCUCCAGCGUUUCGCCAUUGGUCUGGUUUGCGUCCAGAAGGCAGAUGUCUACAUGUUCGACGAGCCUUCCUCCUAUCUUGAUGUUAAGCAGCGUCUCGCCGCCGCCCGCUCCAUCCGAGAGCUUCUCCGCCCUGACGAUUAUGUCAUUGUUGUCGAGCACGAUUUGUCCGUCCUUGACUACCUUUCCGACUUCGUCUGCGUGCUGUACGGAAGGCCCGCCGCUUAUGGUGUGGUCACCCUCCCUUCUUCCGUCCGUGAAGGUAUCAACAUCUUCUUGGAUGGUCACAUCCCCACCGAGAACUUGCGUUUCCGUGAUGAAUCUCUCACUUUCCGUCUUGCUGAAGCCGGUGACGAUUUCUUGGUUGACAAGAACCGUGGUUUCAACUACCCUAGCAUGGAGAAGACUCUUGGCAACUUCCACCUGAAGAUCGACGCUGGAAGUUUCACCGAUUCGGAGAUCAUUGUCAUGAUGGGUGAGAACGGAACCGGAAAGACCACUUUCUGUAAGAUGCUUGCUGGUGCUGAGAAGCCCGACAACGGCGUCAGCAUCCCUCGCCUGAACAUCAGCAUGAAGCCCCAGAAGAUCACUCCCAAGUUCCAGGGAACCGUCCGUCAACUGUUCUUCAAGCGUAUCAAGGCCGCCUUCCUGUCGCCCCAGUUCCAGACUGAUGUCUACAAGCCCCUCAAGAUCGAUGACUUCAUCGACCAGGAAGUUCAGAACCUGUCUGGUGGUGAAUUGCAGCGUGUUGCCAUCGUUCUCGCUCUGGGAAUGCCCGCCGAUAUUUACCUCAUUGAUGAGCCUAGUGCUUACCUUGACUCCGAGCAGCGUAUUGUGGCCUCCAGGGUCAUCAAGCGUUUCAUCAUGCACACCAAGAAGACUGCUUUCAUCGUCGAGCACGAUUUCAUCAUGGCCACUUAUCUCGCCGAUCGUGUCAUUGUGUUCGAUGGCCAGCCCUCUGUUGAUGCCCACGCCAACACCCCCGAGUCUCUGGUCACUGGUUGCAACACCUUCUUGAAGAACCUGGAUGUUACCUUCCGUCGUGACCCCAACAGCUACCGCCCUCGUAUCAACAAGUACCAGAGUCAGAUGGACCAGGAGCAGAAGUUGAGCGGCAACUACUUCUUCUUGGAAGAGGAGAAAUGAAGAAGCUGUUCCUGGCA